AUGGCCAGCGAAAAUAGAUCCCUUCUCGAAAUGCUCCAGGGCCAAGGUCAGGGCCAACAAUGUCAGCCUGGGCAACCAGCUCACGGUCAAGGACAAGGACAAGGACAGAGUCAAGGGCAAGUGCAUGGACCACAACAGCAGCCUACUGCUGAAUUGCCGUCUUCUGCCCAGUCUCAAUCAUACUACCAUAACAUUGGUCCACCCAUUGGUCAAAUGAUGCCUGGCUAUGGAUUUGGCCAGCAAUCCAUGGAUCCUCAUCAAAUGUACUUGCAUCAAAUAAUGCAACACGGACAACGCGGUCCACCCAUAAGUCAGUUCCAAUCUGGACCAUCUUUUCAAAGCCGACCGUCGUCUCAAGGUCAAUCCUUGGCAUCUCUGCUCCAGAGUCUGAAUCAACCAACGGCCGUUUCCCCCACCAACACAUCAACACCGACUUUCUCUACGGCUCAAGCGCAUACUCCUUCCCAAACGGAUGAAGCCACAAACAGUUUGAAGCUCGCGCUUUUUGGACCACCCAAGCAGGAACCCACUAUUGCUCAGCAAAAGACGGAAGAUAUCAAGCUAGCGCUCUUCGGAGGGCCGCGUACUGAUUCAUCACAGGCCCAACCAAGCCCCAAGAAGGAGGAAAUCUCAGCAAGCACCGCUACUGUCACCGCCACUGCUCCAAUAAUCACACCUGCAGUAGCUCAAUUCAGCCCGGGAUCUCCAUCGCAAACAAGAACAUCUACACCCAUUGCAGGAUCUCAGGAUAACAUUUCUGUAGGACCCCUCCCAAAGCGACCAUCAUUCAGCAACCCAGCGCCACGUCGAGAAGAGCUGGACACUGGUAUUCAUCCUCAUGAUGACCAGAAACGUUAUCAACUUGAUCAGCUUCUUCCACCUCAUUCUGCUUGGAACCAUCGCGUCCAAAAACUGGCUAAGGGAAGUUCAGGAAUCCCAGAUGGGGUAUAUCUCAGUCAUCCAGGGUCUGGAGUGACGACGUAUGAUACCGGGCUUGACAACUCAGAGGCAAUUUUCUCUGAAGACUUGGAAACCAUUCCUAUCACACUUAUUCCUACUGACGUAGAGUAUUACCAUGGAAAAAUGGUUGCUGCUAGCAAGGGCUAUAUCAGUUAUGCUGCUAAAGGUGGUAAAAUCCGCGUCAUUGAACAAUCGCUCGGACACCGUACUCUCCUUCGUGGUCAUACUGACCAGGUCAUUGAUAUGGGCUUCUCGCUUGCUAAUGCAAAAGACUCUGGAGCCCAAUUGCUAGCAAGUGUUGCUAAAGAUAGUAGGCUUAUUAUUUGGGAACUUUCCGGCUCAGAUCACGAUGCGACUGAUAUAAUAUACUCAAAAUGUUUGGAGCUGAUCGGAGAACCUCAAUCAAAUCAGCCGCGCUACAGCCAUAUUGCUUGGAGCCCUGUUAAAUCAUCGCAGCUAGCCCUUGUGAAUAAUGAUGACCACUCUGUAUUGAUCAUCGAUAUCAGCAAUCUUGUCCAAUCUCAGGAAGGCAGUUCCCCCGUGCUCACCGAGGCGCAACUCUGGACGCAUGCCACCGUUAUUCAAGCCCAUGAUCAGGCAAUCAAUGACAUUUCUUUUUCUCGUGAUGGCUCUGUUCUCGUCACAGCCAGCGAAGAUGGAUCAGUCAAAUUCUGGGAUAUUAACGCACCAUCAGAGAAUGCUUUGUUGAACGAAUUUGUUCCUCAUGGCGGGCUAGGCGUGACGAAUGCAAUUUUUGUAGACCAGACCGACGCCACUACAUCCCGCUGCGUUGUCACUGCCUGCCGUCGUGGAACCGAGUUAAGCCUCUGGUGGGUUGGUGGUACAGGACCACUUGACCAGUUUAUUUUCAAGGAACCUCCUUCAUCGACUCGUCGUACCUCUGUUGGCAAAGCUGCGCAGCGCCUACAAGAGAUGAGAAUGUUCAACUUUGUGGGCUAUGACUACGAGACUUCAAGUUUGGUUUUAGCAAACAGUGUCCGCCUUUCGCUCUUUGGGCUUAAGGUAAAAGUGACAUCAACAUCCGAAGCAGAAAUGCCAUCCAACAAUGUUGAUCAAGCGGCCUACAUUAGAGCUAGCGCAGCAGCAGAGGCGGCACCAUGCACUGCGACCUUUGACUUUAUGAUUGAGUAUCCAAUGCCACAGCACAUUGUCAGUUUUGUGGUUAUGCCGGACUCAUCGUUGGAAUACAACGGGUUUUCAGUGUACUGUAUCCAGACCAAGGCUGUCCAGCAAUACAUCAUCAAAGGUCUCGAGCCUCAUGACAAACACAAAUGUCAGACAUUUAUCUCAGCUCCACCUUCAGUCAAAUCUACUGAGCCAAAAGUUAGAUCUACUUCAAAGACAAGUACACCCAAAUCUUCCCAUUCACCGUCAGGCAAGACUAAUGAGGGCUCUGAGUCUACAGGAUCUUUCAAGGCUGAUAAAGCCGUGGUAGAUUCAAAUGUCAUAGCAGCUUCUAUCGCGGCAGCAGAGACUCAAGAAAAGGAACCUGAAAAAACCAUCAAGCUUCAUGGCGCUGUCAUUAACGGUGCCAUCGCAAAGCUUAAAGAAAAGAAGCGCAAUUCUACAGCAGAUACUCAGCUCCCUGCAGAGAGUUCUGAAAAGAAGGACCCUACUAAAUCUGGUGCCUCAGGACGUGGUGGAAGGAAAACUAGCCAAGACAUGACAACCAGCGUUUCAGCAGCAGAUGGCGCAAACAAUAAAAAGGGGCAAGCCUCUAUUGAUAUCAAACCCGUGUCAGAAACGACUAGGCCGUCUGGACGCAACUCACGGCAGGCAUCCCACCGCCAUCAAGAGGCAGCUGAAGGGCCUUCCACUGCUGAGCAGUCAUCUAUAACUGCAAUGUCAGCAGGCCACGUUACAGUUUCUAUAAAUGAACUUCAGUCAAUGUUUCAGUCAAUGGAGGACAAGAUUACGGCUCGCUUUGAAAAGAAGUUGACCGCUGAAUUAGAGUUGCAACACCGCAAGAUGGAUCAAGACCAAAUCGCCAGACAGGAAGUCGUUUUGAAAAUGAUUUCGCAGACUUUGGCUAAGAACACUGAGCAACUUUUAGUCCAAACUGUCCAUAAGGAGAUACAAAACUCUGUUGUACCGUCGCUCAAUAAGAUUGUUGGCGCUGCUGUAGAGCGUCAGCUUUCACGGAAUAUCAAUGACGCCAUGAUUAAGACAUUGCCAACUGCUGUUGAAGCAUCUGUAAACCAGAAUAUCCAUCAUAUUAUGGAAAGCUCUACCUUCUUCAGCAACCUAAGUAAUCAGGUUGCGACAUCGAUCCGACCGUGCAUUGAGGAGUCGUUCAAGGACAGCUUUACCAAAGUGUUGAUUCCAUCAUAUCAAAAGGCGACUCAGGCCAUGUUCCAGCAGAUUCAUGCUGCGUUCCAAGCUGGCAUCGAGGAUUUGGCAUCAACCAGCAAGAAGGAUCACGAUUCGAUUGAAACUCUCACGACCAAUGUCAAUAAGAUUGCUUCAACUGUUGAGGGCAUUCAGUCGAGGCUCUUCAAUCUUGUUCAAGUUGCGCAGGCGCAACCUGAUCAGUUCUCUUCCAACAUCAACACUGGUACCGGAGGUGGAUAUCAAAGACAUGAUCAGCAGCGUAGGAAUAAUAUCAGUGGUCUUCAAAGGACGCUGCAAGGUGAUGACAUUAUGGGUGGCGCUGAUGGUGGGCUUGGGCCCCGAAGAGCCUCUCAGCAAGCUUCGCCAGUUGAAACUAAGCAGUCCGUAACCAUUAAUCAACUUAUUGCACUCGGGGAGUUUGAAAAGGCAUUUACGGAGGCUUUGUCAACCGAUGAUGCUAAUCUUGUUUUCCAAACCUGUAGUAAGGUUUCUCCUAGAGCCGUGUUUCAGCCAACGUCAGUCAAUCCUAAUGGGACGCUUAGUCAGCCUGUUUUGUUGGCACUCACACACUAUCUUGCAAAUGAACAAUUAAGUCAGGACCUAAGUACCAAGUUGACAUGGCUGCAAGAAAUUUUGAGACGUCUAGAUCCUAAGGAUCCAAAGUUAGGCCCUCCUAUGGCCAAAAUCCUUCCUAUUGUCCAAAUGAGACUGGAAGAGACAUAUGGAAAGAUAAUGAGCAGUGGUGACAGUAGCCCUCAUUUGCAUUCUCUCCAGCUCUUGUUGCGCGUUGUGAACAAUAUGAAUCCCUGA